AUGUUAAGUGGUAGAAUUAUAGGACGAAUGCCAAAACUUACGAGGCAUUCACAUGUCAAUCAUUUUUUUCGACCUUUAAAAUAUAUUGGCAAGUAUUGAUACACUUUAUUUUUUAAAAAGUAAUUUUUCUCAAUUUACACGAAUUUUUCUUCUGCUUCUAAGCUUAGUAUUUUUCACAGUAAAUGUUAAGUUAAUCUUUAUUCAACAUUUUAAUGAUAAACAUUCAAAUAAUAAUUGUAUACAUACUUUUAGAUAACAAAGAUAGCUAAUAUUUUGUUAAAUUUUGUGGCAUGUUUAAAUAGAAGUAUACCACGCGAUAUAACCUCAAAAUUGGACAACGAUUACAUAUUUUUUCAACGAAUAUUCAGUGUUCAUAAUUUAAGGUAUAAUAGCAAUGCAAAUGACAAAGUAUAUAAACCUCCAGGAACCACCAUAAAACCAGAAGAAUGUAUACCUGAAAGUAGGUAUUCCAAACAAAAAAGAAUUGUACCUAUAUGUGAAUCUCAUCCUAAUGCAUCUUGUCCACCGUCUUGUUAUGAAGUUUGCGGAAAACCAGAUGAUUCGCAAAAAUCAAAUGACAAGAAGCCUUCACCACCAUAUUGGAAAAUAUUGGCAACUUUAUUCAUAGCGGGAGUUACAAUAUAUGCAGAGAAAAGAAUGGAAGGAGAAUUAGAAGAUCACUUCAAAAAAAUAAAUCUCCACCUACUUCUAAUUCAUUCCCUUCAGAAAUACCUUAUCUUUUAAUAGGAGGAGGAACAGCUGCAUUUUCUGCAUUUAGAUCUAUUAAAUCUAGAGAUCCUAGAGCUAAGGUUUUGGUAAUAACAGAAGAAGAAGACUUGCCAUACAUGAGACCUCCAUUAUCCAAAGAACUUUGGUAUAAUAGAGAUAGAAAAAUAAGUGCACAAUUACUUUUUAAACAAUGGAAUGGUGCUCAGAGAAGUAUAUUUUAUGAACCACCAGAAUUUUAUUCAGAUAUUAGUAAUUUGAGUCAGUCUGAUAAAGGUGGUGUAGCUGUAGCAACAGGUUGGAAAGUUAUGAAAAUUAAUAUUCCAAAUAAAACUGUAGUGCUUGAUGAUGGUUAUGAAAUAAAAUAUGAAAAAUGUCUUAUUGCAACUGGUGCAUCACCUAAAAAUCUCCCAGUUUUUGAGUCAAUACAAGAUGAACUUAAGGAUAAAAUUAUAACCUUCAGAACAAAAGAAGAUUUUCUUGAUUUAGAAGAUAUUGUGCAUAACGUUAAAUAUAAAAAUAUAGUUAUAAUUGGUGGAGGAUUUCUUGGAUCAGAACUUGCCUGUUCAUUGGCCCUACCUGAGAAUAAAAAAGUAUAUCAAAUAUAUAAAGAAAAAUUUAUAAUGGAUCAAGUAUUACCGAAAUACCUAAGUGAAUGGGCAACAAAGAAAUCCGUGUUAGAAGGUGUUAAUUGUAUUGCUAAUUCUGAAGUAGAAGAUUAUUCUUAUAAAGGUGGACAGUUAUCACUUAUUCUUUCGGAUAAUCGUGUUAUUGAUGCUGAUCAAGUGAUUGUAGCAGUAGGCGUUGAACCAAACACUGAUUUGGCAAAAGCUUCACAUUUAGAAACAGAUCCUGAAAUAGGCGGUUUCCUUGUUAACGCGGAACUAGAAGCAAGAAGUAAUCUUUGGGUUGCUGGUGAUGCAGCUUGCUUUUAUGAUAUUAAACUUGGUAGAAGAAGAGUAGAACAUCAUGAUCAUGCUGUAGUUUCAGGAAGAUUGGCAGGAGAAAAUAUGACUGGUGCAAGAAAACCAUAUUUACAUCAAUCAAUGUUUUGGUCCGACUUAGGACCAGAAGUUGGAUAUGAAGCAAUUGGUAUUGUGGAUUCGUCACUACCAACUGUAGGAGUUUUUGUAAAAACAACAAAUUCAGAUACUUCAAUAACAUCUGUUAGUUCAAAUGAAACCGCCCAACCUUUGAAUGAAGAGAAAUUGAAUACACAAAUACAAAGUUCACUACAAUUAAAAAAAAAAAAUUCGGAAUGUUCUGAUAAUUCAAAAGUGUUAUUAGAAGAACCUAAAAAAUAUGAUGAUUUUGGAAAAGGAGUUGUUUUUUACCUACGUGAUGAUAUCGUGGUUGGCAUAGUUCUUUGGAAUAUCUUUAAUCGGAUGUCUAUCGCUAGACAGGUGCUUGCCAGAGAUACAAAAUAUGAUGAUUUAAACGAAAUAGCAAAACUGUUUACUAUUCAUGAUGACUGAUUUCAUUAAUAAAAAAACAUGACUAUAUUAUGUCAUUAUUGUACAUAAAGUCAUUUAUCUAUAGUUAUCAGUUCAUUUUGUGAAUAAAAAAGUCUACAACUGAUACUUUGUUCCUGAGUUUGAAAGGUACAACUUGUAUAAAUAUUGCACAUAUUACGUACAAAGUAUUUUCCACAAAAAUCUAUAAAUAAAAACAUUCUUAUAGACAAUAAGAUAUUAAAUUAUUAUUAGAUACGGAUUUUCUUAGAAAAUAAAAUGUUUUAUUAGUUAUUCAGAGUUUAAUAUUAUAUCAUUCCAAUACUACUUAUAUAUAUUCAUGCAUAUACAAAUAUACAUAUAUACAUAUAAAUUUAUUUUAAAAUUUCUAAAAUCUUAC